CAAACCAAAACAACUAUACAGUAUACACUGAUGUCUGAUGACUGAUACACAUUUGAUGUAUACAGUACACUGUACAGUCACAUGAGUUAUGUUUAGAACGAGACUGUGAAGUGUGACAAGUGUAAACACAAAUUGUAAUAAUGUUCUGGACGGUGAAUCAUAGCACAACAGUUUGUUCAUUAUUAUAAGCAUAUUGCUGUAAAUAUUGUCUAUUUCUUUGUUAAUCGUUAUUCUAGUUACAAGACAUCUUAAACAAAUUACAAUAUCUCUUGUUAAUAAUGUAAAUUUUAACUCAUUGGUUAUCUUAGCAUUUGAUAAUAAAUUUAGUGGUCAGUGAAACUAUAGUGUUAUCUGUUGUGACAAAGGAUGAAUUAUCUAGGAAAAUUCAUCAGCAAUUUUCGACAUGUUUACAAUGAAAUUAAUCCAGCCACCUUAACUGGAGCAAUAGACAUAGUUGUUGUUGAACAGCCAGAUGGAACAUUCACAUGCUCUCCAUUUCACGUGCGGUUUGGUAAAAUUGGCGUACUUCGAAGUAGGGAAAAAAUUGUUGAAGUAGAAAUUAAUGGGGAGCCUUCUCAGCUUUACAUGAAGCUUGGAGAAUCGGGUGAAGCAUUUUUUGUUGAAGAAAUAUCAGAAGAAGAUAAUCUGGAAACCAUACCACCCCAUCUAGCAUGCUCCCCAAUACCCGACGACGAAGAGCGAAAAAAUUUAGAAUAUGCGCUCAUCUCUCAGUCAGAAUUAACUGUACCCAAAACGUUUUGUGCUGAGACAGUUGAUUGUAGAGCUCCAGAAUUUAAUUGUUCAAAAUUUAGGCCAAUUGAAGAUUCUCCUCCACGACCACAAAUGCGUAAACGGCGUCGUAAAAAAUCUAUGAUUAAACGUAAAGAUAAAGAUGAAACAAAAAAAAUUGGCAAUACGUUUGGAUCGUGUGAUCUUCCUGCUGCUUCAUGUUUAAUAGACAAUGAUGACCGUUCCCAUGAUCAAUAUUUAGAAAACGACUUACACUUUUUUAGUGAUACAGAUGUUUCACCUAGCUCUAACUCAGGGGAAGUGAAAUAUAACUGUUCGACUGUUCAGUCAGAUACUGAAUAUGAACUGCAACAACGAGUCCGAGAUACAGCUAUAGAAAACUUUAUUGGAACUUCUGCGGCUAAUACGACUGAUUUAAAAAACUGUGCUAAUGAUCAUCAAUCAUGGCGUUGGGGAGAGUUACCAACACCACCCGCUCGUAGAAGUAGUUUAGAUUCUGAUGAUUCAAAGUUGAACUUGCAAGAAGCUUCAAAAAAGCAAGAAGCAGCAAAUCAGAGAUCAAUGUUAGCUAAUAUGUUAGGUUUUAUGAAGAAAACCAAACACAUUCGUCAUAAUUCUUCUGAGAAUGCUGGUAUUUACUUAGCUGAUUUAUGUGCAGAACAGCUAGAUCCUAAGGUUUUGGAAAUGUAUUUGUACAAUCAGUCACCACCAAGACAGGAUGAAGUCAAAGUAACUGAUGAAAUAGAAGACGAUGAUGUCGAGUCGGGUAAAGGUGCUUCUCUAUCACAUUCACCAACUAGUAUGGAUAGGGAAGGACCGAAAUCGUUAGAUAGUGAUUUUGAAGAAAAGUACCAUCAAAAUAUGACAUAUGACGUAACGGUUUCACUCUGUGGUGGGUUAAAUAAUUUAGAUGGCAAUGAACUAACUGAAGAAAAGUUUGUAGCUCAUCAAAUAAGUUAUGUAGAAUUCAAAUCAGAAUUCAAUAAUCUUGUAAAGAAUCCUAAUCUUGUUGUGUGCAUUAAUAAAAAAUACUAUAGUUGCCAGGCCGCAUUACCACAGUUGAUCUCAAUAGCUGCUUAUCAAAAACCAUUGCCUCAGAAUGAUAUACAUGGAUCAAAGGUACAAGAAGAUAAAACUAAAGGUUUAAAUCGAGGUUAUACGUCCUGGUUUAAUUGGAGUCGAACUAGCAAAGACACAAAACCUAUAGAAUCAGCAGAUGAUAAUAUGGAUGAGAUAAAAAGUAGUUCUCAGAAUAUGCCUAAUGAAAUGUUGCACAAUUCAAUUAUAUCUGAAUGUAUUAAAUCAGAAAUUGAUGGAAAAGUAGAUCCUGAAUUUUCAGAUAAUUACAUUAUAAGACAAAGGUGCUACAGUUCAACGGAUUCCGAGCUUGAGAUGGAAACUACUAAAUUGACUUUCAAGUCAAAGGAUAAAAACGAUAAAUACAAGAAAACAUUACGUUUGACUUCUGAACAAAUUGCAAAAUUAAAUUUAAGAGAAGGAUCGAAUGAAAUAGUCUUCAGUGUAACCACUGCUUAUCAAGGAACUAGUCAUUGUAAAUGUUUUUUGUUUAAGUGGAGGUACGAUGAUAAAAUAGUCAUAUCGGAUAUUGAUGGAACCAUUACUAAAUCUGACGUAUUAGGUCAUAUACUGCCCAUUGUCGGUAAAGAUUGGGCUCAAAGUGGUGUUGCCAAAUUGUUUACUAAAAUAAAAGAUAAUGGUUAUAAACUAUUAUAUUUAUCUGCUCGAGCAAUUGGCCAGUCUAGAGUGACUAGGGAAUAUUUAAAAAGCAUUAAACAAGAAGAUUUGUCAUUACCUGAAGGUCCAGUUCUGUUAAAUCCAACCAGUUUAUUAAAUGCUUUUCAUCGUGAAGUAAUUGAGAAAAAACCCGAAGAAUUCAAAAUAUCAUGUCUUAAAGAUAUUCAAGCUUUAUUUCCGUCUGAUAAUAAACCAUUUUAUGCGGGUUAUGGUAAUAAAAUUAAUGAUGUUUGGUCUUACCAGGCUAUUGGCAUACCGAUUUCAAGAAUUUUCACAAUAAAUCACAGAGGAGAGUUAAAACACGAACUAACACAAACAUUUCAAUCAUCAUAUACAUAUAUGAGCACAAUGGUCGAUCAAAUGUUUCCAGUGUUACACGAGUUACAAGAAGUGGACUACAAUCAGUUUGUUUACUGGCGAGAUCCAUUACCAGAGUUUGAAAUCAAUAAAAAAUAAAACAUUCCUCAUUUAGAAUAAUAUAUAUAUAUAUAUCUAAAGUUUAUAAACAUAAAAACUUAUUAGUGACUUAUUUUCUCUGUCUGAUAGUUCUAUUAUUUUGUCAAUUUGUAGUUUUAUUAAUUGGUAUUCAGAAUUAUUUUUUUAUUUGUAAAAUAAAUUAAAGAAAAUAGUAGUAACACUUCAUAACUUUUUGUGAUAAAUA